CUUUACUGGUGCGGCACCGUGCCCGUGUGCAGUGAACAUGUUGCAGCCUUUGCAGUUGCCGAGAAGAGCCAGGUCGUGGGACCCCAGAGGCUCCAGAGGCAUCGAAAUUCUGAAACCCAAGGUGCGAAACGUGGACGUGGACGAAUCGAAAUUGGCCGAUAUGUUGAGGAGAGCAGAUAUGAAACAAUCGAAGGAAACAACUCUUUCAAGACAUUCACCGCAGACUUUACGUUUGACUCAGUCCUGUGCAUUUUUAGGCGGCAUGACGGGCAUGACGGGCAUGACGGGCAUGACGGGCAUGACAUCGAAAUUUUCACCGGCAGCCUCUUUCCGCCAGCCCAACCGAUCCAUCAUGGCCCGCCUGGCCCGCCAGAGCCCGUCCCCAAAGCAUCGGACCUUUGGACCUUCCCAAGGCAUCACUCAGGGCAUUUUUUACCUUCCUGAGAUCCCCAGCACCCCAGUAGAGAGGCAGAAACCCGAGAAGGCAAAAGAUGAAAAAAUUGUUCCGAAGGUAACAUCCAGGAUCAGAACCAGACAGCUAGAUGGGCUGCAGGAAUUUUCGUUGGAAGCCACGAGAAGUAUCUGGGACUUGGCAGCACAGGAGGUGCGCAAUGGUCGUCAUCGCCCUAGUCACGAUGAAGACAGGGUCCGCCAAGCCAGUAACACACAGGGCACCAACCGAUUUCAGACCUUCGUGCAGCAGUCUGGUCCGGGCGUUCCAGAAUUAUCUCACCGUGUCGGGCUCCCUCAGCAAGUUGCCAAGGAGGCUGCUCAUCUUUUUCAACGCUUUGCUGAGAUACCAAAAGGUGGAACUAUUUUUGACGGGAAAUUGCAGAUUUCACAGCUCACACAGGUUCUGGUGGCCUUGUGCGAUGUUUCUGAUGCAUCAGAAUUGGAUAAGAAAUUUGUAGAUCGCGCAUUUCGGGCUGCAGAUCGUGACUCAGGGGGUUAUAUUGACAUCGAGGAAUUUGCUAUUUGGUAUUCCUCUUUUUGCUUCGCGGAGGAGGUGACCGUUAGACCUCAAGUCCGACAAACCCGAGAAUUAGCACGACAGAUGGGUCUCGAAAUUUGGGCCAUUGAGAAGUUCAGAGUAGCCUUUGACAAAUAUGAUGCCGAUGGAUCUGGUGAGAUCGAGUUUGAUGAGUUUUCGGAUAUGGUCCAGGAACUCUUGAAGAUCCCCACAGGCCAUGAACUUCCACAUGACCGGUUGAUGACAAUGUGGCGAACCGCCGAUGUGCAGCAAAAAGGUUAUCUCGACUUCCGGGAGUUUUGUUUCUUCUACGUUCGCAUGGUCUCGAUGGAAGAAGGCUGCGACCCCAUCAGAGAUUACUACCGUAACGUGAGGAAUGUUCCAGUGGCCCCUCUUUGAUCUUUGAAUAUCCUGAAAUAUCCUGAAAUAUCCUGAAUUCGAAUGUGCCAUACUGAUGCAUCACGAGAUGUCGAAAGCCAACUCGGUAUCAAGUCUGGCGAGCCGAUCGAGCCGAUUUUGCAUGGGAACAGGGCCAUGGCCACACUGUCGUGGGAAGCACGUAGCAACCGUAGCAACCACACCUUUCGGCAGUUCUUGUAUGCUUAGCGGGGGGUACUGGCAGCAAGCCGGGCCCACAAGUUUCGGCCUUGGUGGACUCUUGGUGAACAUCACUCGACGCAUGAUGCGUUU